CCAGAUUUGUUCAAUGCGCAACCAUGCUCAUCAUCUCGUCUCGCAGCGCGCUGCUGUCCGUCUACUACCCGCAGAUCUUCCUCAUCCUCACCAGCGGUAGCUACCUGGCGAUGUCCUCUGUGGUGGCUCUAGGUGCCAACAUCAUCUGCAACAAAAUACCAGGACUUGCCCCACGCCAGAGGGCCCUCUGUCAGAGUCGUCCCGAUGCCAUCAUCGUCAUCGGCGAAGGUGCCCAGCUGGGGAUCAACGAGUGUCAGUACCAGUUCCGAUACGGCCGCUGGAACUGCUCGGCCCUGGGAGAGAGGACUGUCUUUGGACAAGAGCUGAGAGUAGGCAGCAGGGAAGCCGCAUUCACGUAUGCCAUCACGGCAGCAGGAGUUGCCCAUGCAGUGACCACAGCUUGUAGCCAAGGCAACCUCAGCCAGUGUGGCUGCGACCGCGAGAAGCAGGGCUACCACGACCGGGAGGAGGGCUGGAAGUGGGGGGGCUGCUCGGCUGAUGUGAAGUACGGCGUGGAGUUCUCGCGGCGCUUUGUGGAUGCUCGGGAGAUCAAGAAAAACGCCCGCGUCAUGAACCUGCACAAUAACGAGGCAGGGCGAAAGAUCCUAGAGGAGAGGAUGAAGCUGGAGUGUAAGUGUCACGGCGUGUCGGGUUCCUGCACCACUAAAACCUGCUGGAUCACCCUGCCCAAGUUCAGAGAGAUCGGUUACCUGCUGAAGGAACGCUACAGCGAUGCGGUUCAAGUGGAGCCGGUUCGAGCCUCGCGGCUGCGCCAACCCUCCUUCCUACGACUCAAAGAGGCUCGGGGCUAUCAGAAGCCCACGGACACAGACCUGGUGUAUCUGGAGCGCUCACCCAACUACUGUGAAGAGGACACAGCCACGGGGAGCACAGGGACACGGGGAAGGCUGUGCAACGGCACCUCCACCCUCGCAGACAGUUGUAAUGUGAUGUGCUGUGGCCGGGGAUACAACACGCAUCACUACACGCGCAUCUGGCAGUGCAACUGCAAGUUCCACUGGUGCUGUUUCGUCAAGUGCAACACCUGCAGUGAGAAAUCAGAAGUGUUCACCUGCAAGUGAACACACAGGAAACGCAGAGCUAAAGACAACGAAGGUUGAAGGACCUGGAAAUAUUUAUUUAACAAUUUGCACAUUUUUACAUCCAAUUUUGGAAUUCCUGAAAGAGGAAAAGGAAAAACUAUGCAGGGUUUGGAGAAUUCUGAAGAAAAAAAAAAAGACUGAUUUGAAAACAAAAAACUUUUUUUUUUUUUUUUUUUUGCCUGGGUUUAAAACUGUGGCACAACACGAACUCUGGAGAAAGAUCUGAAAACAACCUCUUGCAAAGAUGGAACUGUACAGGUGUCGUGUCCAACAAGAAAAACAACAAAGACUGUUGUGGGAUUGUUGGAGAAAGGUUUCGUACUGGAAAUGCUAAAACGCUUCAGACUGCCGUGAAAGACGAGGGACUCCUGAUGAAGACUGAGAGACGGCAGUGGAAUACUUGUAACUGUAUGCUCACACUGUAUUCUGU